AUGUCAGCUGCAGUUCAACAACAACAUCAAUCAAACAGCAACAACAAUAACAAUGCCCAAUUUAACUUUUUUAAAAUGUGUAUAGGUAGACCUGUUGUUGUCAAACUCAAUAACGGUGUAGAAUAUAGAGGUAUGAAUGAACAACCUAAAUCAAGCAAUGAGAAACAAAAAUAA